AUGGAACAUUCGGGGUUACUAUCAGGGUGGAGGCUGCGUGCAGUUACCUCAAGUAUCGCUCUGGCAAUGUUUCUUGUCAACAUCGAAGUGUCCGUAGUUGCUACCUCGUUAGUUGCUAUCGUAGAUGAUUUGCAAGGGUUCAACCGCAUCGGCUGGGUCGUAACGAGCUACCUCGUCACAUAUACCAGUAUGUAUCCACACAUAUUCAGGCCUCACAUUGCUGAUACUACGCAAGGCUUGAUCAUAAUUUGGUCGAAGUUCAGUAACGCUUGGGGUCGCAAAACGUGCAUGGUGUGCGCCCUCUUCUUGUUCGUCGCGUUUUCGGGCGCCUGCGGAGGCUCCCAAUCUAUGACACAACUAAUCAUAUUCCGCUCGUUUCAAGGCGUUGGCGCGGCGGGUUGCGUCUCCUUGGGACUGACUAUCGCGUAUGAAAUGGUUGCAGAGCACGACUACCCCAAGUAUGCUGCUAUCAUCUCCUCAUUCAGCGCUUUUGGCAGCUUGGUCGGUCCAUUGCUAGGUGGAGCAUUCAGCGAAAAGGUUUCGUGGCGGUGGAUAUUCUUAAUCAAUGUGCCCGUUGGAAGUCUGAUUUGUGUUCUCUUGUUCUUCAGCAUCCCCAAUCGAUUCCCUUAUCAGAACCAACCCAUAGCCACCUCUAGGGACGGCGUUCAUCGUUCGAAACUUGCUCGCUCAAGGAGCCUCGAUCUCCUGGGAGCCUUCUGUCUGCUUGGGGCGUCCUUGCUAUUGGUCACAGCCUUGCUGGAAGCAGGGGUGACUUUCAAAUGGAAAUCUGCACCAACGAUAUCUCUAUUUACCCUAUCUGGAAUACUCUGGAUCGCAUUCGUACUCCAAGAAUACCGUCUCUCGAAAUCAGUACACACAACCACCGAGCCAAUCUUCCCGUGGGAAUUCUUUCAGAAUCGGGCGUGGGUGGGUACGCUAAUGCUCUCUUUGCUAUCCGGUGCCCCCUAUAUUGUUGAGAUCAUCGACAUUCCGCAGCGCUUCCAAACACUCGGUGUGGAUGCUUUUGGGGCGGGUGUCCGAUUGAUACCUUUCAAUCUCCUGAUCGCUCUUGGAGCUGUUGCUGUCAAUAUAGUGGCUGGGAAAUCCGGAAUACCACCCAUUGUUCUACUAUCAGUUGGCGUGGCAUUUCAGCUGACUGGCGUAUGUCUUCUGUCAACAUUGACCAGUGUGACAUCAAUACCUAGCGCCAUAUAUGGUUACCAAGUACUGACUGGUCUGGGAAUCGGCAUAAUGUUCGGGUUGUGUCUUGUCCUACCCCCUGCGGUUGCCAAAAGCAGAGACCUGGCCCUUUGCGCGGGAGCGGUUCUGCAGUUCCGGGUAUUAGGUGGAGCUUUGGCAUUAGCUGUUGCGACUACAGUUUGGAAUAACUACGCCACCACCCGCCUCCAGCAUCUACUACCACCGGACCAACUGUCGAUGAUCUUGAAAUCUACCGGUGCAGUGUCGCUAUUACCUGAACCAGCCAAACGCCAAGUCAUGGAGGUCUUAGUUCGUUCGUACAAUCAGCGGACACGAGUGCUUAUCGGUUUUACGGCUGCACAAUUUGUCGCUGUAAUGAUGCUGUGGAGGAGACCGCAGAUAUCUUUCACCCAGAAAGAUUCUAAGAAAACUGAGAAAACUGAACAUAGCUCUAUCACGGAUGCUGCCUUGAAGAGCUAG